AUGGACGAGGGACACGAUGAGUCAGAUGACAGUAAGCCAGCGUGUUAUUUGGCAGAUCCACAUCGUCUCCCAGGAGGGGAAUACGACAGGCAGGGGUCCCAGUCAACCGAACACCUAGUCAAGACUUUCCUCAAAACUAACCCCAAGAUGGAUGACAACCUGGUCCAGCAGAUUGAUCUGGCUCGAGCUCACUGGCUGGGCCAGCCACGUGAAGGAGCACCCCGUUGUCGUCCUAUCGUGGCCAAACUCCUGGACCCCAGGCUCAAUGCUGCCAUCAUGCGGAAAGGCAGGGAGCUCAAGGGGACUAAGCUCGUCCUGAGCGACCAAUUCCCUCCAGAGAUCAUGAAGCGACGCAAACUUCUCCAGCCAGCCCUAGCCGAAGCGAGGACCGCGGGAAAGCUAGCAAGGCUGUCCAUAGAUAAACUCUACAUUGAUGGAAGACUUUACCGCAACUCAAAAGUCACAUACUGGCUCUCUGGUGGCGACGAGGCAGCCACACGAGAAAUUUCGUUAGUAAACAUUGCCACACAACUAUGA